UCGGUAUCUCUGUCACUUCAAAUUGUAGCCUCUCUGCCUAUACAUUUCAACUCCUUAUCCUUUCUUGUUCUAUUCUAUAAAUGAGUCUUUGAGAGAGAGAGAGAGAGAGAGAUGGUGAAGAAGCAAUCUUCAAUGGUAUUGGACAUGAGAACCAUGUUCCAUUGUAGCAUAGUCAUGCUCUUCCUUGGAGGAUUAGCAACUUUAAGCUUUUAUGGAAACUACAAUCAAGAAUUAGUGAGUAGCAAUAUCGAGGUUACUCUAAGUACUACGACUACAACUACAACUAUAACUUCUAAAUCCAACUCAGACACCGCGGAUAUAGAUACGAAUAAUGAAACCAAUACCAAUACUAAUAAAGCUGCACAAGUAUUUGAUCAUCAAAGAAGGCUUAAAAUUGCAUCACCAUCCAUAACGGAAACUUGUGAUUUUUUCUCCGGCCAAUGGGUUUAUGAUAACAAGAGUCAUUACCCUUUGUAUAAAGAAGAUGAGUGUCCUUUUCUACAUGGUGAUUUAGCUUGCCAAACUUAUGGCAGAAAGGAUUCGAAGUAUCAACGGUGGAGAUGGCAACCCCAUGGCUGUGACUUCCCUAGGUUUGAUGGCAAAGCAGUUGUAGAGAGACUAAAGGGUAAAAGGCUAUUGUUCGUUGGGGAUUCGGUAAACCGAAACCAAUGGGAUUCGAUGAUGUGCAUGCUCUAUUCAGCAAUCCCAGGGGAAAAGAAGCUUGGCGUGGGUCUCAACCGUACCUUGUACACCUUUAGGGCCAAUGAUUACAAUAUAUCAGUUGACUACUACUGGGCUCCAAUGCUCGUCGAAUCUAAUGGUGAUGAUCCAUCAAACCAUCGCCUUGACCAUCGAACUAUUCGAGUCAAAUCCAUUGAGAAACAUGCUAGGCAUUGGGUUAAUGCAGAUAUACUUGUCUUUAAUACCUAUCUUUGGUGGAGAUUACCAAUUAUAAAGCUCUUGAAAGGUCCCGGAUCAUUGUUGGGUGGUCCUAAUCAAGUUUACGAUGAAAUCGAUAACGUUCGUGCAUACAAGAUGGUUCUAGAAACAUGGUCCAAAUGGGUACAUACGAAUAUCGACCCUGCAAAGACGAAGAUGUUUUUCAUGGGCCUCACAGCAACUCAUUCAAAUGCUAUGGAUUGGGGAGGCAAGAAGCAACAAACGUGUUACAAAGAGAAAGAGCCAGUGAUGGUUGACGGAUUCUGGGAAAGCGGAACAGAUCCCAAAAUGCUAAGGAUAUUGGAGUCAUCAUUGAGCAAGUUGAAAGCCAAAGGAGUGAAUGUGCAACUACUAAAUAUAACCCAACUAACACAAUACAGAAAAGAUGCACACCCUACGGUCCAUCGGAGAUUAUGGCGUCCCUUAAGCGAGGAGCAAAAAAAGAACCCACAACGUGCUUCAGAUUGUACACAUUGGUGCCUUCCCGGAGUUCCUGAUAUUUGGAAUGAACUUCUCUUAGCUUAUAUUUUUCCGACAACAGAAAGUGCCAGCCAGUAACAUCAUACUUAGCAUAGUUUUUGUUUUGUAUUGCAUAUAACUACGCAAUACAAUAUGAACCUAGCUAUUCAUCUUUUGUAAACCCUUUAAAAUCUUAUUUUUAUGGGUUAUUACCAUUUAGAACAUUUCAACGUGUUAUGUUUUUGUUCAUUUGUGUGUUUAAUACAAUGUUUAUCUGAAGACUAAAGUUCAUAUUU